UCUAGACAUUAGGUGGGCUCCUCCAAGGUCAACGGCGUCAUUCAAAGGUCGUCCACAAAUUAUAGCAUCUCAAGUCUUUCCCUCGGCCUUAAAGAAUGUCAAUAAUUCACAUUUGGUUUGUGUCAGCGUAAUCCAGUUGGUUAACACGAUGAAGAAAAGAAAGGUUUGGAGGUUUUCAACAUCAUCUUUGAAUUCUCGAUUAAGCCACCGUAAUCAUGCUUCCCAGUCUAAAAAUUUCAUGGGUGAUCUAAAGGAGGCAGAGUUAGUUCAUUUAUGGUGUAGCUGUUUUUAUAAUCAUCGGAGCAUUUUGCAAAAUAAUAUCGAUUGUCGCGUAUCGAAGACAACGACUUGCAAAACAGUUUUGGACAAUUUUAUGGAUAUAUUUUCAAGUUCACGUAGUUUAAACUUAGUUAAAUGUAAUAAUUGUACAUUUAAUGAGAAUGAACUAUUGAUGGAUUAUGAUGUUGUUGGAAUAUCUCUCUAUAAUGUAAUCAAGUAUAGUCCUGGGCGCCUGCAAAAUAGCGACACAUUGUUGUUUCUAACUUUUCAGGCAAUUCGUGCCAUCACUCAACUACAUGAAAUCAAUCUACCUCAUGGUGGUAUAACAUUGGAUAAUAUAUUUGUCGAUGAAAAGUUUAACCUCUUUCUUGGUCUUCCAAAAACAAUCGAUUUGCUAUCAAAUCUUGAAAUAAGUGAAUUAAAGGAAGAAAAGAUUUCCGCAGAGAACAACAUUUUGGUGCACAAUAAUAGUAAGCUAUCCACGAUGACAACUAACUGGAUACUUCACAAAAUUUCAAACUACGAUUACCUGAUAUUUUUGAAUGAACUGGCUGGUCGGCAUAAGGGUGAUCCAUCAAACAGUGCAAUCUUACCAUGGAUAACAAACUUUGAUACACCCUUGGGGCAGUUAAGAGAUUUAACAAAAUCAAAGUAUCAUAUAUGUAAAGGAGAAGACCAGUUAAAUGCGAAUUUUACGGCAUCUUUGUCCAAUCAUAUAGUAUCUAAGCGUCCUAGUUGGCCACCAGAUACUUAUAAUUUAGGAGAAAAAUACGAUAUUAGGAACCAUCAUCAAGAUUUUAUAAAAUUAUGUAAUGAGUUAGGUACUUGUAGUUUGAAUAAUGCAGAUACCAACCUGCUCUGUACUGUCGUAGAUGAAAAUAUAUCUGAUGAUAAUAAGAAAAACAAAACAAACUAUACCUUUUCUCCUCACCAUUUGUUGGACAUAAUGCCCGAUCUAACAUAUUAUACAUACAUGGCUAGAAAAACUCCUUUGUCCUUGUUAACGCAGUUCGUACGUCCUGUUUAUCAACCUCAGGGAUUUCCAACGACUAUUGCCCGAUUAUAUGAAUCUACUCCUGAUGAAUGCAUCCCGGAAUUUUUCACAGAUCCAUCAGUUUUCUCUUCUAUUCAUCCUGAUAUGACCGACCUAGGUCUACCGUCUUGGUGUUCUUCUCCUGAGGAAUUUAUUAAAUAUCACUCUAAACUUCUGGAAAGUGAUGAAGUAUCUAGUAAUUUGCAUCACUGGAUCGAUUUAAACUUCGGAUACAAAUUACUUGGCUCAGCUGCAGUAAAUGCUAAAAAUGUCCAUCUAGAAUUAGCAGGUGAUCAAACUGCUCUACGUUGUACUGGUGUAGUCUGUUUAUUUCGUACACCGCAUCCUCAAAAAAUAUGUAAAAAACUAUCAAAAUAUUUUGGUGCAAAAUUACCAGAUAUAUUUCAAAUAAGUGUAAAUUCGCGAAUUUCUGAACACAAUUCAGUCAGUAUGAAAACGCGAGCAAAUAACUCCCCAAACAAAUUUUCUUUGGACAAAACCAAUUCUACUUUGAUGAAAUCCAUUUCUAGUUCCAAGGCAAAUCCCACUCUAGAUCGGCCCAAAGGUGAUGGAGAUUCAUGUUUCAAUAAAGAAAUCUGGCUUCCGGAUGAUUAUGAUCCCUUAGAAUUGAUUAAUAUGCAUCAAAAUCUGUGCAGAUUUUUGUACACUGAAACACAUAUACAAGAUUUAAAUGAUCCAGAAUCUGUUUCGUCACGAAAGCUGAAUAAUUAUGAUAAUGAUUUUGACAAUCUAUUCAAAAUUGAUCUUGAAUCGUUGGCUUGCCUUAUUGUUGAAUUAAGUUUAUUUUCAAUAGUCAAUUAUAUUGAAGUUAAUAAAUGGAGCCACGAGGAACGUGUUGAUUUUGCACGUUUGCAAGCACGUUUACAUUGGGAUAAAAUCCCGAAUUGUCUUCAUGAUGCUGUUAAUUCUGUUCUACACCCAUUUGAUCAAAACCUUGUUGGAGAACAAUUUAAUGAACGUUUUUUACCGACAGUAGAUAUUUUCCUUCAUUUAUUAUGUGAAUUUCCACCUUAUAUUUUUGAUCUAUUAUAUAUUCGCGAUUGGCUAAUUGAUAUUACCAAUUCCAAUCAGUCGUUCGAACAUCUACAAUCAUUCUCUCCUUACAUACCCAAAACCGGCUUGUUUUCAGCAUUUUUUCCCAGUAAUCAUCAAGAUGAAUUGUGUAAUUUAGUAACCUUAUCCACUGUUCACAUUCCAGUUGAUAUAAUUAGAUUACUGUAUCCACAUAUUCAGUCAGCAGUGUAUGCAAAUCCUAAUUGGUUUGUAACCAUUUUAAAUUCAACUAAAAUGUUUGAGCUGUUUUCAACAAUUGGAGGUCUUGAAUUCAUACGAUCACAUCUUCUCCCAUUAAUUAUCUAUCUUUACAAACCUGAACAACUUAAACGUAUGUCAAGUGAUGUUUCUCCGGGAAUUCCUCUUGCUAUAUUAUAUUCACGUUCAUUUCUACGUCGUCUAUUAACUUAUUUAAAUGUGAACACAUUUCUUGUACAUAUUUUACCGUAUAUAACCCUGAGUCUUAUUGGAGGCAGUAUAAACGCUUUAUCUGAUGAAAACAUUGUAUGGCAUCAAAGAAGUUAUACUGGUCUGACAAAUGAACAAAUAGAUUCUAAUAAUACAAACGCUAAACAAAACACACUUGAUUCGAUUAGUAGUAAUCUAGAUUUAAAUGAUGAAUCUUUAAUAUAUGAUCAAACGGAAAAUGUAUCAUCACCUUGCAAUUUAUCGCUUGACAAACAAAAUAUUAUGAAUGUAGAUGAGAUUGGAAUCGAUCUUCGAAGUUUGGUAAAUGAUGAGGAAUUUCAAUUCUUAGAAGAUGCUCAAAGUUUAUCGUUGUUUACUUGUGUAAAGUCCAAUGAACAAGAAUGUGAUGAUAUGAGUCACAAAUCGGUUAAUAGUUGUUUAAAUGAUGAACCUCCAGCGCCUCCUCCUCAUUCUCCAAGUUCCAUUUUGCAUAAUUCUAAUUCAUCACAAUUGUUACAUGGAAAUUCAACAGAAGACGAACAUGUAAAUCAUGAACAGAAGAAAGUUCCUUUUUUAAACAAAUCAUCCAUUAAUUAUGGUCAUAGUAGUAAUUAUUCUAAUAUCAGUAGUAUUCCACCAAUUACUGCUGCUAUGGAUAGUCUUGACUGGCUUGCUAGACGUAUUGGUCCUGUAAUGACUAAUAAGUAUAUUGUCAAAUAUUUAUUAACUACAUUGACAUUAUGCUAUGAAGGUAAAAGUCAAUUAUCCGUGAAUGCUGUCAAUGUUAUUGCAUUUGAAAAAUGUUCACCGUUUCCUUUACAAUAUAAUAAUAAUCAUCCAUUGAUUGGUGAUCGUUCAGCAUUUAGUGUUUUAAAAUGUUUAGUACAAUUAAUACAAAUUUAUGGUGUAUCUAUGGUUUUAGAUGUCUAUUUACCUUUUGUAAUAAAAACAAUCACAUCGAUUACAACUAUGGUGAAUGCUGUAUCAUCAUCACAGUGUAUCAAUGAUCAUACUUUAAAUGAAAAUAAUGAUUGUUGUAUGAAUUCAUUAGAAACGGCUACAAGUAAUAAACUAAGUGUCAUGACAAUACCAUUCAAUCGAAAUUAUCAUCAUUUAGCACAACUUAUUGGAGUGCUUACUUUAUUAUAUCAUAUUGUUAUAUAUUUACCGGAUAAUGAACUUGUUGAAUUAUUACAAGAAUCCGUUAUACAAGAUAUUCUUAUCAAAGCAAUUCAAAUGUCUGGGCGGUUAGAUAUCAGUUUUCCUGGCGGUGUUAUUGGACGUCGUGCUGUUUUAUAUAAAUUUAUUAAUGUUGUCUACAUAAUUGGUUUAAGAGUUGGUUUUGAAUUGACACGUGCCCAAUUGACAUCAAUAUUUCAAGUGUUUUUCGCACUUUUCGAUCGUGUUAUUAAUACUGCUGCUACGAAGUGUAUUUUAACAGAUAAUAGCCUAUUCGGUAGUAAAAGUAACAACUCUAAUUAUAACAGUGAUAAAUGUGACCAACGUAGUCUUGGUGAUGAAGAACUGCUGUCCUCAACAACAUUUCCAGUAACAAAUGUAGAAGAGGUCACACAAAAGUUGAAUCUAAAUACUAUAUUUACUGAAUUAAGUGGAACAUUCGAUUGUGAUCUUGCUCGACUGGCGUACAUUUCAUUUUGUCAUCUUGCUGGUGGCACAUAUAUUGAUGAUUGUUUAUACAAUACACAAUCUAUACAAAAACUAAUCAAUCAACUAAUAUCUGACGAAACGAAUUCGACUUUAAUAAAUGAUACACCAAAACAAUCGUCUCCUGAUCAACCUAGUAAAAGCAAAACUACUCCUUCUGCUGACGCCACUACCAAUGUUCAAGGAGUUCAAUUAUCAAAUCGUAGUAAAAUAGAUUUUGAAGCUACUUUAUUUACUAGUUCAGCAUUAUACAAUGACUGUAAUUUGCAUUUGCGUGGAGCUUGGCGUCAGGUUAUUUGUCAAACUCUUGAGACCAGUUCUCACCAGACAGCUUCUGCUCCAGAGUACCACGGCAUACAAGUAGCUGCAUUUACAGGUCAUGUUCACAAAAUUAACUGUAUCACACAUUUGAAUACUGAAAAUUGCUUCAUUACAACAAGUCGUGAUAAAACAGUUCAAUUAUGGUCAUUAACUGAUACUUAUAAUUCCGGUCAACAUUCUAUAUCAGUUAAUCAUAAAGUAAACAGUAAUAAUUUGAAUAAUUCCAAUAAAAGUAUACUGAAUGAUUCAAGUAAUCAUGUAGUUGCUCGUUUAAUAUAUAGAGGGCAUAGAAAAUCUGUAAUUGCUGCGCAUUAUCUGGAGCCGUAUCGAUUGGUAGCUUCUAUUGAUGGUUGCUUAAUUUUUUGGGAUCCAUGGACAGGAAAAACUGUAAGAUCCACUAAUCGAAUUGAAAAUUCAUGGCAAAAUUUAACUGCAAUGAAUUGUAGUGCUAUUCCUUAUGGUUCUGUUAUCUGUUCCGAUCAAUCAGGUUUUGUUCACUUGAUAGAUCCUCGUGCAAUAAGUUCAGGACGAACAGGCAGUUUACGUUUUCAUAGUGGUGCAAAUUUAGCCUCAUUUCUAUUCAAUAAAGAACGUUCAAAAUUCGAAGUUCCUAUCAAUGAAUCUAUUCAACAUGCAAGUUAUGAUACGAAAUUAUAUUCUCCUCCUUACUAUCAGUCUCCAAUGAAUUCAUCCAUUACAAAUAUCAUGGCGAACAUAACUAAUCAAUUUCAACCGUAUCAUUUAUCAAUUAAUUCAUUAACCAAUGUGAAUAGUAGUUCAUCCGUUUCAUCUCUAUUGACUUCGAGUACUAAUAUGGCUGGUUUGUUAAAUUGUUUGACAACCAGUACAAAUGGUUAUUAUUUAUUGUGUGGUUUUACAACAGGAAUAAUUACUGCAUUAGAUCUACGAAUGGGACAAGUUAUUCACUUAUGGAGAGAGUAUCAGGAUUCAGUAAUUGAUAUUAUACCACAUAAUUCAAAUGGAUUUAUAUCAUGUAACGAUCGAAGUAUAUCAUUCAUUAAUCCAACUACUAUGUUCACAUCACAUCAGAACUCAUCUAGUAAAUUGCAAAAUGUAACUUAUUCACCGAAUAAUAAAUCAACAAUUUCUUUUCGAUCAAAAUCUAUUCGUAUCCCAUUCAAAUUACAAAAUAUCACAUGUUUAACUAAAUAUCAAGAAAAUCCAAUAUUUUGUGCUAAUCCAUUACCUUCAUCGUAUCCACUAUCGAGUACAAGUCGUUUUCCAAUUUUUAAUAGUGCAAGUUCAACCGCAGGUUCAACCAAUAUAACUACUAACACAAAUAAAUUGUCACUAUCAUCCGUAACCAAUGAAGCAUUAACUAUGCCAACAUCAAUAACAACAACAACAACUGCUACAACAGUAUCACAAUCACAGUAUCAUAAUAAUAACACUGGAACAAUAUUAGCAACUUAUUCACAUUCACUCAAUAAUAAUAAUAAUAAUAAUCAUGAUAAUCUAAAUGCAAACUUUGUAACUUUAGGUAGAAUUUCUUCAAAUUUUCUACGUGGUUCCAUUAAUGUCAUAAGUUCAUUAUCAGAAAAUAAUUUAUUAUUAAUAGGAAGUGAUACUGGUGCAUUAAGUUUAUUAUAUUGA